CUCGUCGUCCACUCCGCGCGGUUUGCCUGUUUCCCACCAACUAACUUGGGUCCUAUAUUUAUAUUUUAUUUAUACUUUUUAAAACGCGCGUGUGUGAGUGAUUUGUUUAUAAAACGCCAUAUUAGUUUGUAUUUUUUUUUAAUCAGAGAAACGACGAAGGACUCUGCGCGUUCGGAAUUCCUAAUUCAAAUAGUGCGUUUCGGAUACUUUUGUGAAAAUUCAGUGGCAGUAUAAAGGAUUUAAUCUAAGGCUCUUCUUUGCAAGAGUCAAAAACGCAACCGACACGAAACCACAGACGAACGACGCCAGAAGGCGAAAGACCGCGGACGAACGAGACAUACCGAACAGUACGAGUCGGUGACGUCACAACAUGGCGUCCACCGACACAUCGACCUCCAGCCAGAUAUCAGCCGCCGCAACAGAAGAGCACAAGCGCACGGUCGACGAAGCUUUCCUGAAUAAGCUGAAAGGCCUCGUCGAACGGUUGAGGCUUGACAACGCAACCUUGAAGAAGUCGCUCGACAUCGAGCGGAGCGAAGUUAGAGCGCUGAAGGCCCGACAAGAGAGCACGAUCAGAAAUCUAAAGACUGAAUCCAAGAAAAAAGAGGAACACCUAGAGAAACAGCUAAGAACCGUCGUUAUACCAGAAAGGCUUGAGGAGCCAAUGGCAAAUAAUAAGUUGGUAGAGCUUAAAAGGUUAACGACAGAAAUUCAGUCUUUGAAAGCUGCGAACAGGGGUCUUCAAGAAAAACUCAAGGUAGCGCAGGCGGCGGAGUGCGCCCGCGCGGCUGAGUUACGCGCACAGGUAGCGAAGCACAACGCCCUGGAACAAGCCGCGCGGCGAGAUGCGCGUGCGCAGUGCCACAAACUGCUGGAGGAAAUCAAAUCGAAGGAGCGGGUGAUCAUACAGCUCAAGAGGGAGGCGGCGCGGGCGGCGUCACAUGAGCAGGCGCAAAGGAUGGAGUGUGGCACCACAGACUAUUGCAGAAAGCGUGGUGUCCAGGCAAAAGAAAAGAGCAAUCGAGAAGAUUUGAAAACAGAUAUACAGCAUCGGAAAGAAACUUAUUACAGAGAGGUUCCUUCGGACGGAGACUCUGCGAUGUCCUCCGCGCCCGCGUCCCUCUCUCCUCAGCCGCUCAACGAAAUGUGGUCGUGCGGGCAGUGCCGGAGCGCGGCGGAGCGGGCGGCGGCGUCGGCGCGCGAGUGCACGCGGCUCGCGGACUCGCUGCGAGACGCGCGCGACCAGCUCGAGCUCAUGGAGUUCCGCCUGCUCGAGUUGGAGGACGCAGCUCCUGAUAAGGGUGCUAGGGACAACCUAACAGACUCGGAUUCGGGCUGCGUGUCCCCAGGCUCUCGCAUGAAAGACUCCGCCUCCCCGGAACUCAAACGAAUGGACUCCGGCUACAAAUCCCCGCACAUGCCAAGCAGUCCCAACCCACGGAGACAUCUGACAACACCUCACGAUGACUUCAAGGAAGACUUCGCCAAAGCUCAAGUGUUAGCCGACAUCUUAGAUAGAAACUCCGAGAAUAGUGAUUCAUUGAAAAGUAAUCCGGUGAAAGAUCACCUCGAACAGAUGAUUCUGAACGCAGUUUCGGCGGAGGACAGGAGUUGCUUGGAACAGGUUUUGAUGAUGCUUUAUAACUUCCAAGCGUUGAGCAGUUCUGUUAGUGAAGAUGAAUGCUAUCAGACAAAACCUAGAAGAAUAUGUGAUCUGAGAAUAAAAUCCGACACAGACAUUCCAUCGCACAAAACCCACAAGGCGAUCGCGACCGUAACUCCAUAUCAGCAGAAGGGUUACAAAUCGGAGUCGCUGGAAAGUCUCUGCGAAGAACGGAAACCAAAUAAUAUACUGCAGGAGAGCGGUAUCUUCGAAGGCGUAGAAACUGAGUGUCGAAGCACUCAGACAGAUAAUAACGACAGCUUUGAAUAUAACGGUGAACUGAACACUGAAAUACAACGACUGAAUAGUAUUAGAGAAAAAUUAGAGAAACAAGGUGUUAGAAAUAGGACGCUAAGUAAAGAAGACGGGGAUAGCCUAGAAUGCAAGUGUGUCAAACUUGGAAAGAAACACAAACAGUAUUACGAAAGAAGGCUUAAGUUUUUGGAGGGGAAAAUAUCGAUAUACGAAGCAGCGCAAGACGUUAAGGAGGCCAAGUUAGCGCAGAGGUUGCAAAAGGAAUUUCUGCUCGAAAAUAAAAUACAAGAACUGGAAUCACAGCUGUUAGACCUUCAAGAUAAAUACGAGAGGCUAGAGGAGGAGUGUUGUGAAUUAGAAGAAAUAGAAAAUGAUACUCGCUUACAUUGGCAGCAGCUUGAAAUGGACUACGAGCUUUGCUCAGCGCAACUGAGAGACAUGACGGAGCAAAGGGAGUGUUCGAGGGCGCAGGCCGAGAGGCUGAUGGCAGAGUUGACCACGAGAGAGUGCACGCUGAAAGCGAGAGAGAAUGAAUUGUUGUCACGGUUGGACAGCUUAGAAAAAGCCGUACCUGCACUUAUAGCGUGGAAUGUUCUGCAAGCGGUAGGGGCUACGAUUUCAUGUGGUGGUCAGCGUGCUCUAAUAAGUCGUAUGGGUUCACUCAGUCUCGAUGCAAAGGAAGCGAUUCAAAAGAUUAAACAUGACAGUCAGAAAGAAUGUGGGGCACUCGUCGCCGUCAACGACCUCAAGAUCCUACCAUCGCCAGCCACGCAGGAGUUGCAGAACCAAAUUAUUAUGUUAUUAAAAGAAAAGGAAGAAAUAAAAAAACAAACAGAGCGGUUAAAAGGUACGUUAGAAAAGAAAGUGAAAAAUCUAGAAGAAGAAUUAGAAACGUCUAGAAGACAAGUAACAGCGGCUGUCAGUGGUGCUGAAUACAAGAAGGAAAAAUUGGAAGAGAAGAUCGUAGUAUUAGAAGAUCAGAUAAAAAAAGAAGCAGAAGAUGCGGAGCUCUCACCAGAUCCACUUACGGCAUCCAAAAUACGAGCACUUCUAAACAGCGAACAAGAGCUAAAGAACAGAAUAGCAGAAUUGGAGAGAAGAGAAACCGCGUAUUUGGAGAUGUUGACUCAAGCAGAUGAUAUGUGGGCAGAGAUGGAAGGUGGUUAUAAGAAGAAGAUUGAAGAAUCAGUGGCUACGGAGUCGCAAUUAAAGAGCAAGGUUAAGAAAUUAGAAACAGAACGAGAUCAAUGGAAAAACUGCUUCGAACCUUUAAAGAAGAAAUUAAGAGAAGUAGAAGAAUCAGAGUCCGGUAUGCGGAUAGCUUUAGAAAAGGCCGAGAGGGAUGCGAAAACGCUCAAGAGCCAGAACACCAACUUAGUUGCCCUCUAUGGAAAGGCAGAUGCAGAUGCCAAGAAAGCUGAGACAACAGUCAAAGCGCUUGAGAAUAAAUUUAAGAGAGAAAUCGACCAGCUCCGCAAAAUGAACAAACAAUUGGAUGAAGAUCUGAAGAGCCAUAGAGAAUUAUCUAAAAAGACUGAAUGUAGCUUUAUGGGAGACCUCGAAUGUAUACGCAAAGAGUUGACGAGGGCGUGCAAGAAUAAUCAAGAUCUAGAGGUCACUAAUAGUGAACUGAAGGAGGAGGUUGAAUCUCUGGAAAAGCAGCUAGCGUUGACACAGAAAGCGUUGAACCAAUGCAAAAGAAAAUGCGACGACAAACUAAAAACUAUGAGCCAUGAACUAUCCAUUAAAACCGAGGAGUUGGAGGAACUGAGAAGUGAAACGAUGAGGCAAUCUUUCCAUGCGUCGCGCAUAGAUCUAAAACCUGACAGAACGGAAUACGUUGACGAAGGUUACUCGAUAUACACUGCCGUGCCAAAGAAGACUGAUUACGGGAGAAUGCACCACAGCAUGAGCUACAUAACGUCAGAUUCUCGUUGCUCAUGUCCGUCAAUGAGGAGCCAACUGGUCAGUCAACUGAUCGAGGAUCUUUUUGAUCGAAUCCACAACACAGUAGAUGAAGAUUUGACAAGACUGUGCAAGGAAAUCGCGCCAGUUAACGGAAAAGUAACAGCUGAAGCAAAAUCGAAAAUCACAAAUUACCUCUUAAUGGCUAUCUCAAAAGAGCUAAUUAGGUCUAUCGGAGAUGCAGAUGCAAAGACUGACAGCGAGGAAUGGCAACGCGCUGUAUCCUCAAUGACCUUUGCCCCGGCGUACGCAUGCGGGGAAUCGAUGGCGUUGUCUGGUAACGCGGGAGUAGUGCGCGGAGCGGCGCGGCUCGCCAGCGUUAGUUGCGCUUGCGCAGCUACCAGGCUGUGCGCCGCGUCGCCCGAGCUCGCUGACACUGUCAAGAUUUGCCAAGAAGAAGUGCUGGAACACGGUGAUGUAAAAAUCAUGGAAGAGCAGUUAGCGAAUGCGAUCGAAAGUAUUGUUAACUGUCCAUCUUGUGCUUUGGGUACAAAUGCGAUAGUUUGGAGCACGGACGUCUAGUGCCGUCUAAGGUGCGGAUUUAUUUUACCUCCACCGACCUCAACCUGGUGCCUUCAUUAGUGUAGCGAGUUUAAGCGACCCGUUUUUGUAUAUAUACAUUGUAUUAUACUAAAUAGGUAUCUAAAUAUAAUAAAAAUAAUACCUAAUAAGAUAAAA